CAGUUUUUUUCCUCCCUUCCUCUCUGCUGCGAAAAGGGAAAGGGAAAUCGUUCUUUAUAGAUCUUCGAAAUCACUUGAAUCCUUCUUCUUAUCCUUUUUAAUUUCUGGGAAAGCUUAAAAUCUGCUUUAAAAUUCUGGCGAAUAACUGUAGAUGGCUGAAUCUCGUUUCGAAAUAUCUGGGUUUACUCAAUGUUGGUUCUCGUUAAUUGGAUUAUAGAAAGCUAAGUCUACAAUCUGGUGAUGGUCUCCUUUGCCUGAUGCAUGAUGAUGUCUGAGAAACCAUUGGGAGAGGAGUCCAUCCGGCAGGAUUUAGAGGUUUUAACCGUGUCAAAGCGGCUCGUGAAGAGUGCUAGCCGGAAAUUAAAGAAAAAGAUUUAUUAUAAGAGUGAGGUGGAAGAUGAAGAGGAUGCAAGGGGAGCUGUAAAUUGUCUGAACAUCAGUGGUAGAGGUGCUGGUUGCAAAGUUGCUGACACCGGAGACAAUUUUGAGGAUCCGACCAAUAAAAGAUGGUCCAGCGCUAGCGAGGAGGGUAAGGGAUUGACGACCAUUUGUGGAACGGAAGAAACUAGGUUGGAUUGCUUUUCUUAUGGGGUAAAAGAGAUGUUUUGGAAGAAGCAUAGCCGAAAGUAUCUAGAUCUAGAGGACUCGUCACAGGAUAAAGGAAAACACAUAUUCCUACCCGAUGAUAUUCUGGAAAUGUGCUUGAUGAGGCUUCCUUUGACCAGCCUAAUGAAUGCACACCUUGUUUGCAAGAGAUGGCGGUACAUGGUCACCACACAGCGUUUCCUACAGCUGAGACGAGAAGGCUCCUUUCAGACCCCAUGGUUAUUUCUGUUUGCUGCUGUUAAAGAUAGCUGCUCCUCUGGUGAAAUUCACGGGUAUGAUGUAUCUCAAGACAAAUGGCAUAAGAUUGAAUCUGAUGUACUUAAAGGGCGGUUUAUGUACUCAGUCACGAGUAUCCAUGAGGAGGUGUAUAUAAUCGGAGGUCGUUCUAUGGACAGAAACUCUUUCAAGACUCACAGAGGGGUCUUGGUAUUCAGCCCUCUGACCAAAUCAUGGCGUAAAAUCGGGUCUAUGAGACAUGCUAGGUCACUUCCCAUUGUUGGUGCCUCCGAAGUUACUUCAGAAUUCUCGACCAUACAAUGUCAGCAGAAUCGUCAAGAUAGACGCUUCCACCGAUCAAGAAUCAGCAGAGAAUCAGAUGUCUAUGAAGACCCUCACAGGUUAUCUGUUAGACGCCAGCACAGAAACAUGGCUGAUCAAAACGGAUCUAAAUCCCACAGAUCAACAAGACUAAAGCUUGAUCGGCUAGACCGAAAUAACUCCAAGAGAUUUGUGCUCAUUGCCAUCGGAGGCACUGGAUUGUUCGACGAGCCACUAGAUUCAGGUGAAAUAUACGACUCAGCAACAAACACAUGGUCAGAAAUCCAGAGGCUCCCAAUGGAUUUCGGGGUUGUGUGUUGUGGGAUCAUAUGCAAUGGAAUCUUCUACGCUUAUUCUGGGAAUGAUAAGCUAUCAGGGUAUGACAUAGAGAGAGGCUUCUGGAUUGCAAUCCAAACAUCACCAAUCCCUCCUCGGGUUCAUGAGUUCUACCCAAAACUCGUGUCCUGCAACCACCGUUUGUUCAUGAUUUCAGUUUCGUGGUGCGAUGAAGGAGAUGGACAAAUUGGGAGGAGAAACAAAGCGGUGAGAAAGCUGUGGGAGUUGGAUCUUGUGUACCUCACAUGGACAGAGGUUUCAGUACACCCGGACGCACCAAUGGAUUGGAACGCCACUUAUGUCUCAGACCAGAACAUACUAAUUGGAGUUGAGAUGUUCAAAAUCUUUGGGCAGGUAUUAGGUUUCUUCACUGCCUGCCAUAUAUCAACGGAAGAAGCCUCGUGGAGACAUAUUUCCAGGAACCACAGGAGUCAGAAACUCAAUCUAUCUUGUAUGAACAAGACCAUUGCCUUGCUUCAUCUCUGAUCUUUGUUUUACUUGUUGUAAUAAUUUUCAGGACUUGUCAAUUAAUUGAUUCAUGUAUUGAAAGGAAAGGCAAUGUUGAAAUGAAAAUGUAAUGUUCGUAUUUUCUUACUGAUUUUUCUACCACUCUCCACCGCAAAAAGAAUU